UUAUGUUGUUGUGUCUGUAUAGUGUCUGUUUUGAAGCCCACAUAACUUCAGACAAUACUUUCUACAGUAGCCUAACUCAGUCGCUCAAUUAACAAACUUUAUUGUAUAAUAUUACCAACCUUUGCUAUCGCUCGUUCACGUCGUUUUUUUUGUGUCACGGUACUUGUGAACUUUGGACUGCAUUGUUAUAUGAUUGCACAAGGCAAAACCAAGCUAUUCAAAUACUAGAAAUCGAAACUGAGAGAAGCAACUUCGGGAAAAGGAUGAAUGAGUGAGUUUUGACAUCUACCCAGUCCCAUGGCGUCUGCCCUAAGCCAUCUCUCUCCAAUGUCUGUAAGAGUGAGAGAAGGAUGGAGUGAUAAUGGAAGAGGAGAGGAGCAGGUGGAGGAUGAAUUUGCGUGUUCCGGAGUGCUACGCGGUGCCCUGUGGUCCUUCCAUCCCUCAGUGGAGAGGAUAUUUGGGGUGUCCUUUACGAUCGGUAGAGAGGAGGAUGCUGUGUUACCCCAUGAUGGACAGAUCUGGCUCAAACUAAAAGGAGUGAGGAAGGACGCGGUGGCUGCCAAAUUGUUUGUGAAGGGAGUUGUGAACCAGGAGGCCCAGCAGGAGGUUCCAUAUCCAGGUGUCCUUCACUGUGUGUUCUGUGGAGCCCGAGGGCUGUUCAUGGAGUGCCUGAUCAGAAACACCUCUGCUUACAUACUGGUGGGUUCCCCAGGCUUCCUACUCAUCUCAGGACUGGCAGAACCAGUGGUCAGGGCCUAUUCCCUCAUCACAGACCUGGUGAAGAACUACGAGGUCACCCAGGGACGAAGAACCGAGCCUGGCGACAGAGGAUCAGGCGAGACCCUGGAUUCCCGUCGGGCCUUCAAAUCCCUGGUGGAGAGAUGGGAGGACAGGCACACUCUGGAUCUGCUGGUGCUACCAGGGGUGGUGAAGGAGACUCUACUGGAUCUGGUGAGGGAGUCUGGGCUGGGAUCCAACCCCGGUCCUGGGGGCUCGAACCUCAGUCUUGGGGGGUCUAGAGACAGAGCGGGUCUAAUGGACACUGAUAGCCAGAGACGAUGGGACAACCAGUCAGGCUUGGACAUACUAAAACUUAUGGAUACCAGAGUAGGGACCAGAGCUGGAGAGGCUAGGGACAUAGAGGGAAUUCAGGGGAUUUCCACAUCAAGGAGAAAACCUCCUGUAAAUUCCACCCACAACCAAGACCCUGGUCUACGGAAUAUUGGGCAGCUUUCUCAACAAAAGACGUUCACUAGCUUACAUGUACAAGAAAGAGAGAUGGGCAAAGAUUGGUCAAAGAGAGCGAUAGAGAAAGACGCAGCACCUCGACUUCCCAUCUUCCACUCUUUCCAUCAAACCGAGGAGGAGGGGCAAGGAUGUUCCCAACAGGAGGUAGAGGAUGAAGAACAGGGGGAGGAAGGAGAGGGGGAGAUGUUGUCAGUAGGGAGUAGGGAGGAGUUUGGGCUCUUGCUGAAGUUCUUCACGGCUAUGGGCUAUGCAGAAGAUGUGGUAAUGAGGGUCCUGGCCCGGACCGGACCCAGAGAAGUCUCCCAGAUUCUGGACCUGGUCCAGCAAGAACAUGACCGGACCGGUCUGGCCAUGAACCACCCAGUGGAGAUGGAGCACACAGAGGUAGAGGAGAGGGAAGCUAAAGGAGUGAGAGGAAAGAGAAGCAGUAUAGAUGGAGGGAUGGGAGUGGAGCUGGAGGGAGGUGUGGAAGAAGGGGCGGGGAGUAGAGAGGAGGGGAGAAAAGGCAGGGAGAGUGGAGGGUCUACCGCUAACCUGUCUGAGGAUUCACUGAAGGAAGGCAGGGAGAGGGGCGAGGGCGGCAUGGAGGGAGGUGAAGGGGGGAACGAGGAGGAUUUUUUCCUGGGAGUUGUGAAGAGGGCCGCAGCCAGUUGUGGAUACACAGAGGAGAAGGUAGCAGAAGUGUACAGUAUGUUACCUGAACUGUCCACACGCCAGCUACUCCUGGAGCUACAGAGGGAGAGAGCCAGAGAGACAGAAGCUGCAUCCCAGGACCAGGUACGAGACGAACCAAGAGAGGUGGAUGAGGCUGUCUCAGAGCUACAGAGAAAGGACAGAGCAGGAGACAGGAAGGAGGAGAGAGGUAGAGAGAUGGAGGCACCAGCACCGCAGUCCACUGCUACUGAGAAGAGAGGAGAAGAAAGAAAGAUUGUGAAAGGAAAGAGUGAAAGGAAGACCAAUGAGGUAGGAGUGACCGUGCCGAACCAAAUCGGCGAUGGUACAGUUAAGGUUGAACCAGAUCUGGCUCAAUGGAAUGCCAUGACAAACCAGAUUCCGUUCCUGAUUCACAGUCACCAGAAGAAUCCCACACAGACACACACCCCCCAUCGAGCCAGCCCCCCUUUAGUCACAGGGCCGCCUCAGCCCACCUACCCCAACACACUACCCCCACAACCCACCUACCCCAACACACUAUCCCCACAACCCACCUACCCCAACACAUUACUCCCACAACCCACCUACCCCAACACAUUACUCCCACAACCCACCUACCCUCUCUUAUUUCCCCAUCAACUUGUUUACCCUCCCACCCAGCCACCACCGACCACCUUACCCCAUACCCUUACCAUGAAUAACUCCUCAACAACCAGAGCGAAGGAGAAACGUGGUCUCUUUCCCCUAGCAGUAGAGGGAAGGGAUCUCCCAGCCCUAACAGCGGUGGCUGUUGAUAGACGAGGUCUCCCGACCAUGGCAGCAGGGGCUGUGGUGACAGGGCAACAGCGCUUCAUGGAAGGCCUCCAGACUCCAUUUGACCUCAAGCUGACCGACCAACCAGGAGACCCGGGACUCAGGAUGGUCAUUAUCGACGGCAGCAACGUUGCGAUGAGUCACGGGCUGGGCCAUUUCUUUUCGUGCCGAGGCAUCGCCCUGGCGGUGCAACACUUCUGGAACCGCGGGCAUCGCAGAAUCAGUACCUUCCUGCCCCAGUGGAGGCAGAAGAGAGACCACCGGGGCAAAGAGCAGCACUACCUUAGUGAGCUCCAGAACCUGGGUCUGCUCUCCUACACCCCCUCCAGAGAAGUCCAAGGGAAGAGGAUCAACUCAUACGACGACAGGUUCCUGCUGCAGCUGGCCCAGAAGACCGAUGGAGUGAUCGUGACAAACGACAACCUCAGAGACCUGCUGGAUGAGUCUCAAGUAUGGUGCGAAAUCAUCAAGAAAAGACUCCUCCAAUACACGUUUGUGGGGGAUCACUUUAUGGUACCGGAUGAUCCGCUGGGCCGAGGGGGACCCCACCUAGAUGACUUCCUACACUCCCAGCACAGGCCUCCUGUCCCAGGCAGUCACUCAUUUGCAGGCGUGGCAUCCUCCUUCCACUCUCCCCGAGUUCCAAGGGCCCAGACAGAGGUCCUUCAGUUCCGUGACUGGACACCAGGGGUCGUUGUGGAGCCAGAGCCCAGCCAGGCCAGGGGGAAUGGGCACGCUAGGGCUGGACGCGGUGGCCCAGGGAUGGGCCUUGGUCUGGGGCUGGGAGUGAAGAGGAGUGCAGAAGAGACCUCCAGGCUUAGGGAGAGCCUAUCCCAGGUGUUCCCAGGACAGGAUAGCAUGGUUACUCUGGUGCUGCAGUGUAAUCCUACAGUGACUGACAUCAAUUCACUGUCACACAUUAUACUGGAGCAGGAGAGUGUAGACUGAGAGUAGUGUUUUUGUGUGUGUGUGUGUGUGUGUGUGUGUGUGUGUGUGUUCCAGAGAAGAAGAUGUAUUAAUGUAUUUUAUUUCAAUGUUUGAUUGAUAAGUCUCAGUUCAUAGACCGACGGGGCUAACAUUGUUUCUUAAUGUAUUUCUAUCGAAUUAAGUUUGAAAACAGGACCAAAAAUCGAACCAUAUUAAUCUUAUGGACAGGGGCGCAACUUUCACUGGGUUUUUUUAAUAAUUGCACUGUUUUAUCAUUGCAGUGUGAUACAAAACGUGGUUCCAGUAUGCUUUACGGCCAUGCAAAAGCCUCACAGCUGUCGGGUAGGCUGUUUUCUGGUUUCAGCUAGCUGGAUUUCGGUCUGCACAGACAACAUAGAGCAUACAGACAGCAUGUAUGAAAACAAAUCUUCUGAAAGGCUAGCAUAUAGGACCAGCACAGGAGAGAUGAACAGAGGCAGCUUCUGUCUGUGUUGCACUUUUUCUAAGAGUUGUAAAAACAAGCAGAACAGAAACUGGCUACUCCUUAGUUGACUGAUCUAGCUGUGAAGGUAACUGCUGUUUGACAGAAAAAAUAAUAUUCUCAGUGCAGCUAGUAGUGUAACUGGCAUGUUACGUUAGCUAGUGUUUCAUCAUCUCUUGACUGAAGUGAAUGAACUGCUAGUGGCUUGUUAGCUCGCUAGUAUCUCCCACAGCCAGUUCAGCUCUAGCUAGCCUCUAGCUAUCUGUCUGGUAGUAGUAUCUAACAGCUGUUGUUUGUUUGGAAAUGUUUUGUAGCUUUUGUUAUGUCCCGUUUCAACAGAAGUACAUUAAACUAUGUACCAUUGUACCAUUAGUUAGCAGAGCUAGCCAAAAGUUGGCUAAUGUUAGCUAGCUAGCUUUUCUUUUGCCUAAAUCACAGUAGACUUGAACCAACCGAUGAAAUCAGCGGCCAAAUGAUUGACGACAGAUAUUGUGAUGUUUUUUCAGCACAUUGUAUGUUUUUAUUAGUCAGUACAGCAAUGUAACGUUAUUGAUCUGUCAGUUUCCCUAGCUAAUUCCCUACUUUUCACACUGACACAGUAUAAACAGCUCUACAGGCUGCACUGUCAUGGUGCACAGUCAGUACACAAUACUAUGCUCAUCAUGUCUUAGCAUGAUCAGUUGGUGGCAGGUGUCCCUGCAGUGUUAGACAGCCAUGGAAGACUAGUCUAGAGAUCUCAGGUGAAUUUUGCAGUAUUAUUUAACAAUCAGUGAAUAAAUACGGUUCCAUCUUGAGUUGAUGAGUCGGCUAGUCUGGGAUCUGGGAAUAAGGGUAAUUUCAAUUGUUUAACCAUUGAUUCUAUUCCUGGUAUAUAUAUAAUGUAUAAAGGUACCCCAAUGUAAUUCUUUGUCAUGCCUCAUCUGAGCGGGAUCAGAUGGUGACAAGGGUCUCAAUCAGGGUCAGGUAGCCAGGGAAGACCAGUCCGUGAGGGAGCUGAGGUGAUUUAUUGCAGAUACAUGACUUCAUUUUCUCUGUGCAGCAUACACUGGACAAGCAAGACGCUUCAAAGAUUAGAACUAUUUUAAGACAGUCUGACAAGCCUUUAAGGUUGAUUUCCAAACUGUAUCAAGUGUUGAUAGAGGCUUUUCCCAAUGACACAAAACAUGUAAAACAACAAUGUGAGGAGGCCUUAGAGACGCUAUUGAUGAUGAUGACUGGAUACAGAUAUGUUAGAAUGCUCAGUCACGUUCAUUUCAUUUCAGACAGAAAUGACUGCACUUUAAGACCAUCCGUGGAACAUACUAUAUGCCAAUGAAACUGAACAUCAUGCACUCAGAAAUGUAUUCAUUCUGCUGGAGGUGUAAGACACAAAAGGGGACAUAUUUGCUUACGUUGUGGUCUUGUGAAGGCUGGCUGAAUUAUGGCAAUGACUAUGUUCUUUUAUCUCAGGAUGUCAACAGAUUCUCCCUCCCCCUUGUUUUUGUUUGCUUGGAAAUGUUGAUACUGGAGACUAUUGUCAGAAGAAACUGUGUAACCUAGCAUUUAUAGUGGUUAAGAAAUGCUUUGCCAUUCAUUGGAAGGUUGGUUAUCCUCCCAAAAUGGAUGGAAGAAAUGUCAAGUUAUGUAUCACUAGAUUGGAUUUAUUAAAAUAUUAAGGGUAUACUGUGCAACUUUCAUAAGGUCUGGAUGCCUUAUAUGGAAUACUGUAUGACAAAAGGAGUCUGUAUUGAAAACAUGCCCACGUCAGGGGAGAUACCUACUUAAGUCAACCCUAGCUUCUAGGCUGCUCAGUCCUGGCCCUGGGGGUCUGCCGUAAUGUUGGUUGUCACUCUGGCCUUGGGCUAACAUAGCUGAAACCUAUAAUGAAUGUUUCCUAAAGCUGAGUGGAGUGUGUUGGUUUGGGGCGCAGCCGGAUGGUGGACCCCUAGGGGCAGGACCGGGUGACCCAGCUAUACUGUGUGCAAGUAAAAAGAGCUCUACAUCACUAUUAGACUUUUUUUUUUAACUAGGCAAGUCCGUUAAGAACAAAUUCAUAUUUACAGACGGCAAACUCCAGCCAAACCCGAACUACACCCUAUGGGACUCCCAAUCACAGCCAGAUGUGAUAUAACCUGGAUUUGAACCAGUGACACCUCUUGCACUGAGAUGCAGUGCCUUAGCUUUAGAUGCCCCCAAAAAUGAGAGGACCUCCCCCCACCAAGUUAUGCCCCUGCCUAAGGAUAUUACUGCAAAAAUAGUUUGUACCCUAUUAUUUUAAUGCUUUAGGCCACUGUUGUAUUUUGUGGAUGUGAUGACUAGUGUUGCUAAAUUCAAUGUACUUUGCUUUUAUUUAUUAAACAUAAUAUUACAGUAUGGUAAUAUAAAGUUGCUGAUGCUCAACUUCAAAUCAAACAUUUCAGACUGAACAUUUAACCUCUCAACUUUCUAAAGUUUUCCCAGUUAGUUAACACUAUCAACGUUUCCCUUUACUGUGGGAAUUGUGAUCAAAUCAAUGCAAUAUUAGCCACUUUCACUACAAAAUAACAAAACAUAAACUAUGCAAGAGAUUUUGACAAAAUGCAUCGGAGUAGGAUUCUAUUGCAUUGACAUGCACGACGCAGCCCCGUACUCUACACAAACCAGUCACAUAACACAUAACCAAUCAGAGCUGCAGUAGGCCUAAAUGCAAAUUAAGCGGUCGUGAGUAGAUGUACUUGUUUUGAGGUCAAAGCGAGAGCUACGCGUAGCAACGUUGGCACAUUUGUACAUAUCCUUUGCUAGUUAGUGAGCUAUUAGCCCAGUUAUAGAUCAUUUGUAUUCAGCAAUUUGGAAGUGAUUGCUUCAUAAAAGAGCACAAAUUGUGUGCAUUUCUAGACAUCUUUGAAAAGUGAGUCAGGUAGAGCUUUUUUUUUGUCUUAAAGGGGCAGUAUUGUAUUUUGAGACGGGCUUCAAUAACCUAAGGAGCCAAUAGGCAGAGGGGAGCUUAAUUUAUUUGAUUCUCUGUAAUAAUGGUAUGGAAAUAAUAAUGCAUUUUCUUUUGUAAAGUGGUGUCUUGCAUCAGUCACCUUGUCUGAAGGACAAGUGGAUAAACAGGUUAAUUUCAAGCCCUGCAUGUUUUUUUCCCCCCAAAAGUCUCAUGGAAUGUAGGUCUACAUUGAACACCACACAUUUGCUGCUUCUGUAGGCUGAACGAUAGAACAGCCAUUUCCAUGUUAAAAUGUUAUUGGAUGCUUGGUCUCCAUUGUUUUUGGUAGGCCUACAUUAUGAUCAAUUCGCCACAGUAGCCUACUUGACCACUUAACUUAAAGAGAGUACAGCCUCAGUGUUCAUGUUGGAGCGAACCAUUAAGGUGAGCUGAGCAUUAAAUAGGUCUAUUUGCCAGGCUGAAGUAGCAAGGACAUGCAGUUGACAGUGGGAGUUUCUUUUUUUGCUGGGUUUAUAUAGUGUAAUUGUGUUACUCUUUAAACUGUUCCUUCAAUUCUUUGUAUGUUAUUGUGAAGUAGAAACAUCUAGGAGCAACAGCUGUGAAGUGGUAGGCCACACAAGCGGACGAAUCUGGGUUUGGCGGAUGCCAGGAGAACGCUACCUGCCCCAAUGCAUAGUGCCAACUGUAACAUUUGGUGGAGGAGGAAUAAUGGCCAGGCCCCUUAGUUCCAGUGAAGGGAAAUCUUAACGCUACAGCAUACAAUGACAUUCUAGACGAUUCUGUGCUUCCAACUUAGUGGCAACAGUUUGGGGAAGGCCCAUUUCGGUUUCAGAAUGACCCGCGUGCACAAAGCGAGGUCCAUAUAGAAAUGGUUUGUCAAGAUCGGUGUUUAAGAACUUGACUGGCCUGCACAGGGCCCUGACCUCAACCCUAUCGAACAACUUUGGGAUGAAUUGGAACGCCGACUGCAAGCCAGGUCUAAACGCCCAACAUCAGUGUCUGACAUCACUAAUGCUCUACAUUAUUACUACAUUAUGAAUAUUAUUACAAUAAACCAAUCAAUUACAUAAUUAAUCGAUAAAUUACAUAAAUCAUGAAGUUACUCAUUUUCUCCCUAUGGCGACUGUGCCCAUUAAACCUACUUGAGUAAACAUAGAGAUGCAUCCAUUUCCCCUUUAACCCAGAAUGUAAAUAGAAACACACACUUUUCAUGUUAUGAUAGUUUACACUUAAAAA